AUGACCGAGGUAUCCUCCACCAGGCUGUACCUGGGAAAUCUCCCUCGCAAUGCCACCAAGGCUGAUGUCGAGGCUCAUUUCGCGACCCAUGGCACUGGCGAAAUCACCGAAAUAAAGCUCAUGAACGGAUUCGGCUUCAUCGAGUACAAGGAUGCCAUGGAUGCUCGCGAUGUUGUUCCUGCCUUCCAUGGAUCCGACUUCAUGGGCGAACGCUUGACUGUACAAUUUGCCCGUGGAACCCGUCACAGGGAGGGCGGCAGUGCCGGCGGCUUUGGCAACAAUGAGCGCGCUCCUCCCAGGCCUCGCCGCACUCCUCACCGAAUGCAGAUCACGGGACUUCCCACCGAUACCAGUUGGCAGGACCUCAAAGACUUUGCUCGUCAGUCAAGCCUUGACGUUGUCUACUCGGAAACGCCCCGCGACGGCAACGGGCGCGGCUUCGUUGAAUUCGAGACUGCGGCGGACUUGAGAACCGCUGUCGAGAAGCUUGAUGGCCGAGAAUUCAAGGGAAGCCGCGUUACCUGUGUAGCAGACACACAGCCGGACAUGCCGCCUCGCGGCGAUAUGCGCAGCGCUCGGUCUCGUUCGCCCGGCGGCGGCCGUCGACCCUACCCGCCUCCAGUUGACGACUACGACCGACGUGGUCCCCCGAGAGGCUACAGCCCACGCAGAGAUGGUUAUCGUGAGGGGUACCGUGAGCGCAGCCCCCGCCGCGAGUACUACGACGAACGUGCUCGUUACCGCUCUCCUCCGCGCCGCCCCAUGGACGAUUACCCACCUCCACGAGGCCGCUACGACGAUCCCUACCGACGGGACUACCCUCCGCCGCCCGACCCCUAUGUCAACGGCAGAGGACCAUAUGAUCGCCCCCCUAGAGACUUUCCUCCUAGGGAGGCAGGUUACCCGCGUGACGGGUACCCUCGCGAGUAUGAACGUGGUGGCCGUUACUGGUAA